UUAUCUCCCUUACACCAAUCACCGCUCGCUCAAAGUUGUCCACGACAGUUUAUCUUAUCUUCAUUGAAACCCUGUGGACUUCGCUGUCUGCUCGACUAGAGCAUGGCCGAUGUUUUGAAAGUCACACAAGGCCUGCUUUCGACAGUUUAUAGUUAUAUUCCAGGACUGCCAUCAUCUAAGGAGGUCGAAAAAGUGAUAAUCCGAGAGAUUGAAAUGCCUCGACCAAGUGCAUUUUAUCGCCUCGCCGGCUUGUCAGGUGCUAUCGCCGUGGCGAUGGGAGCGUACGGCGCUCACGUUUUCCGUCCCAGCGAUGCUGAUGAAAGAUUAAAAGAGACCUUCAGAACUGGUUACAUGAUUCAUCUAGUCCACUCUGUGGCCCUUAUGGGGACUCCCAUGGCUCGCAGACCCGUGCUGGUGGGCUCGAUGAUGUCAAUGGGCAUGCUGUUGUUCUCCGGAAGCUGCUACUACCACGCCCUGAGUGGAAACACAUCAGUACGAUACAUUACCCCCUACGGUGGCAUGAUGAUCAUCUUUGCCUGGCUGGCCAUGGCAUUGUAACCCCAAUCAGCAUCCUACACCCCACAAACACCCACACCUCUACACUUCCACACACCCCUACACACCUCUAUAUCCCCAAACACCCACACCCCACACACCCCACACCUCUACACACACACCACCUCUAUAUCCCCCCAAACAC